GCUUCUUUUCUCCUUCCUCAGCAGGGAGACACAGAGAAAAGAGAAAGAACUAGUGUGCGCUUCUUCUCACAAAGAGAGGAGCUCCUUUCGUCCUUUAUUCCAGCGUUUUUUUCCCUGAACGGGCAACAACAGGGGAGUUCUGCCGGGGAGACCAUCGCAACCGGGGCUUCAGUAAGGCUGGCACUUUCGCCACCGCUGACGCUGACGGGAGUUUGGGGGCUUCAGGCUGACGUCUUGGUGCUUUGAUGAGGUAACGGCGGACCCCAGAAGCCCAGCCCCUGCGUUGCACCACCCCUUCCCUCUCCCCUCCUCCCUACCCCUUUCCAACCAGCCAAGCCAUGGGCCAGAAGAUCUCGGGGAGCAUCAAGUCCGUAGACGUGCGUGGGGAGCCGUCCUACAGGCCCCUGAGGAGGGAACUGAGAGGGCCGGAUUUCUUCAAGCCAGCCCGGCUGGACCUACUCCUGGACAUGCCCCCCGCUUCGUAUGAGCAGCAGCUCCGACAUGCCUGGAACCCAGACGACCGCUCGCUUAAUAUCUUCAUCAAGGACGAUGACAAACUCACCUUCCAUCGACACCCUGUUGCCCAGAGUACCGAUGGCAUUCGCGGAAGGGUGGGAUACACGCGAGGACUCCACGUUUGGAGGAUCCAUUGGCCUGCUAGGCAACGGGGCACACAUGCGGUGGUGGGCGUGGCCACAGCAGAUGCACCAUUGCACUCGGUGGGCUACACUUCUUUAGUUGGCAGUGAUAGCGAGUCCUGGGGCUGGGACCUGGGACGUAACAAGCUCUACCAUAACAGUAAGAACCGGCCAGCCUCUUCUGCACCCACAUACCCAAGCUUCCUGGAGCCAGAGGAGGCCUUUGUGCUGCCAGAUGCCUUAAUGGUGGUGCUGGACAUGGAUGAGGGCACAUUGAGCUUCAUGGUGGAUGGACAGUACCUCGGAGUGGCCUUCAGAGGCCUUAAAGGCAAAAAGCUGUACCCCAUUGUCAGUGCGGUGUGGGGCCACUGUGAAAUCACCAUGCGUUACAUCAAUGGCCUAGAUC